UCACCUGACAACUGUUUUGGCGGUAAACAGCUUGUGUUAAACUCUUAACUUAAUUGCCAAUUUUCUUCCAUUGUUUUUAUUAAUUUAUUCGUCAAGUUUAUUUAUUUGAUGUGCAUGUGUGUCUUUUUAAAUUUGUGAUCUUUCAUUCUUUCCAAAUGUGAAUCGUGAAUUUUCAGUUAUUGAUUGGUUUUCCUUUGUCAGAAGAUAGUAACAGCAAUGCAAAGGAAAACGGCUCCGAGUCAAGUUAUCAAACGUCGCAGUGGUUUAGAUGACGAUUUCGAUGAGCGUCCCAGUAAACGUAAUAGUAGAGGACGUGUUGAUAAAGAUCACGAUGAUCCAGGCAAAGAAAAUUUGUUACAUGAAGAUCUAAUCGCUCAAAUAUUAGCUCAGCCUUUCAAAGUACCUAUCAAAGGAUACACUGGCAGCUCUUUUUAUAAAUCUCUUGGUAUUAGACGAAGUGGCGUAAAACGUCCACUACACGAUCCUUUUGCUGAUAAUGCAUUGAUAUUAUAUGAACCACCAGAAUAUUCUGAACAUGAUAAACUAUCUCUUAAGCCCGAUGAUAUUGAGGUACAUGUUGUUGUUGACCCGGUUCUUGGAAGGAUUUUAAGGCCACAUCAACGUGAGGGAGUUAAAUUUAUGUUUGACUGUGUCACUGGAAAACAAAUCGAAGGAAGUUACGGGUGUAUCAUGGCUGAUGAAAUGGGUCUUGGUAAAACUUUGCAGUGCAUUACAUUGAUGUGGACCCUUUUACGACAAGGACCAAAAGGUGAUCCUAUUAUUAAAAAUGCUAUGAUAGUUUGUCCUAGCAGUUUAGUACGAAAUUGGUACAAUGAAAUCAACAAAUGGCUUCAGGGUCGUCUCACCGCAUAUGCUGUGGACAAUGGCUCAAAAGACGACAUAGAUAGAAAUUUGAGAACCUUUAUAAACUCUAGUGGCAGAAGAUGUGUUAUUCCUGUGUUAAUAAUUUCCUAUGAGACUUUCCGUCUGCAUACUAAUGUUCUUUACCUCGGAGAAGUUGGUCUCAUUCUUUGUGAUGAAGGACAUCGUUUAAAGAACAUGGAAAAUCAAACAUAUACAGCGCUAAAUCAACUUAAUGCCAAGAGAAGAGUUCUUUUGUCUGGUACACCGAUUCAGAAUGAUCUGCUGGAAUACUUCAGUUUAGUUCAUUUUGUCAACAGCGGUAUCCUUGGUACAGCUCAAGAUUUUAAGAAAAAGUAUGAAAAUCCAAUUCUCCGUGGUAGAGAUGCUGCUGCAUCAGAUAGAGAUCAUCAAUUGGGUAAAGAGCGAUUAGAAGAGUUAAUUUCAAUCGUUCAAAAAUGUAUGAUUCGACGUACUUCUGACUUACUCUCCAAGUACUUACCAUCAAAAGUUGAACUUGUCGUCUGUUGUGGCUUGUCACCGCUUCAAGAAAACUUGUAUACCAAAUUUAUUGAAUCUAAAGCUGUGUCUAAUAUUACGAACAUGGAAAGCAAAAAUGGAGCGAACUCCUCUCUCAAAGCUAUCACUUUCCUUAAGAAACUGUGUAAUCAUCCUGAACUUAUACUCGAAUCUAUUAAUAGUGAUCCCGGUUUCUCUAGCCUACGAAAGUAUUUCCCUGAAGAAUUAUCUGCUGCUUCUUCUCGCAAUGUUAGAGUUGAAUUGUCUGGUAAACUUAGAGUGGUUGAUCACUUGUUAGCUCUAAUCAAAACUACAACAGACGAUAAGGUUGUUCUAGUUUCCAAUUACACGCAAACCUUGGAUCUUUUUGAAAAACUUUGCCGUCAUCGAGGCUAUCAAUAUGUUCGUCUAGAUGGUACUAUGACGAUUAAAAAACGAGCCAAAGUGGUAGAAAGAUUCAAUGAUCCUAAUGGGUCUGAAUUUAUCUUCAUGUUAAGUAGUAAAGCUGGUGGUUGUGGAUUGAAUUUAAUUGGUGCCAAUCGACUUGUUAUGUUUGAUCCCGAUUGGAAUCCAGCUAAUGAUGGUCAAGCCAUGGCUAGAGUUUGGAGAGAUGGACAGCGUAAAACAUGUUUUAUCUAUCGAUUACUGUGUACUGGUAGUAUUGAAGAAAAAAUAUUCCAACGUCAAACUCAUAAAAAAGCUUUAAGCAGUUGUGUUGUGGAUAAUGAGGAAGAUGUCGCACGCCAUUUCAGUUUAUCAGAACUUAAAGAACUAUUCAAAUUAGAAAAAGGUCAUCCCAGUCAUACCCACUCUAAACUUAAUUGUAAAAGGUGUGUAAAUGGUGUUCAAGUAAAGACACCUCCUGAAGAUGCUGACUGUAAUGGUGACUUAAAAGAUUGGCAUCAUUGCUUCGAUAAAAAAGGUAUUCCGGAUCAAAUGUUGAAAUGUGCUUGGGAUAGUGGUGUUACCUUUGCUUUCCAUCAAAAGUCUAAGGUUGUAAAAGUGGUUCCUUGAUAAAUAUUAAUGGAUUCUGUAAAUAGAUUAGUCAACAAAUAAUCGUUUUAAUAAACAAAUUUAAAGACACUUCAGAAGGAUUCACAUAGACAAACCAUAAAAGAUGUUAUAAAAGUCGAUUUAAUCGCAUAUUUACAUUUUCCUGUUCCUGUGCUAAUAAAAUUUUUAUUACUUUAAAAAUUCAA